AUGAGGAAUCUCCUCCUUGCUGUGCUUCUGGCUUGUGGGCUGCUCCCAGCUGGCACCAGUGUCCUGGAGCUGGAGCGGAUGAUCAGGGCGACCACAGGGAAAAGUGCCCUGCUCUCCUACAGUUGGUAUGGGUGUUUCUGUGGCAUUGGGGGCAGCGGGACCCCUGUGGAUUCCACUGACCGGUGCUGCCAAGCCCACGACUGCUGCUACAGGAGAGUGAGGGAGGGCAAGUGCAGCCCCUUGAUCACCCCGUACACGUUCACCACUGAUGACGGACACAUCACCUGCAGUAACAAGCAGAGCUGGUGUGAGAGAGAGACUUGCCUGUGUGACAAGGCAGUGGCCUCGUGCUUCGCGAGCACUCUGCCCUCGUACAGUCAUUCCUACCGCUUCUACUUCAAGCUGAAAUGCCAAGGAAACGAGCUCCAGUGCUGA